AUGCUUCGGUGUAUCACAAGAAAUAGAAUAUGCUCUUUGGUAUCCAGCAGAGUCAUAAGGAGAGGUUACAAAGUACUCGCGAUAGAGUCGAGCUGUGAUGAUACCUGUGUCGCUUUAAUAGAGAGAGACCAAGACAAUGUUCAGCUGAUUCAACAUAUAAAAUCCACUUUAAACUCUGUGAAGGAAGGUGGUAUAAUACCCACAAAGGCUUUUCAACACCAUCAGACUGAUUUGGCCCGCAUUACAAGGGAACUAUUUCAACAGAAUGGUAUAUCUUCAACAAACCCUCCAGAUGUUGUAUGUGUCACAAGAGGUCCUGGGAUGGCAGGCUCAUUGUCUGUUGGAUUAGAAUUUGCAAAAGCUUUAUCUGUUGCCUUUGAUAAGCCAUUGGUAGGUGUUCAUCAUAUGUUGGGUCAUUUACUGGUGCCGAGAUUUGAAACGUCAGGACAAGUUCCUCAAUUUCCAUUCUUAAAUUUACUAGUAAGUGGAGGUCAUACAAUGUUGGUUUUAUCAAGAAGUUUAUUAGACCAUGAGAUCCUUUGUGAAACGAUGGACAUAGCUGCAGGUGAUUCACUAGAUAAAUGUUCAAGAGAAAUAGGUAUGAAGGGGAAUAAUAUGGGUAAAGCUUUAGAAACUUUUGUUAAUGCAAAUCGUCAACAUUGGGAUUAUAAGGAUUUUCAAAUGCCAAAACCAUUAUACAACAAAAGUGGUAGAAAAGAUCAAAUUGCAUAUUCGUUCGCUCCAUUUCACGGGGCUGUUAAAAGGUUGAUUGAUAAUGAAAAAUUGGACUUGAAUGAUGAGGUUGUUCAAGCAUGUUUAGGUUAUCAUAUUCAACAGGGUAUAUUUGGACAUAUGAUUGAUAAACUUAAAUUGGUUUUGAAAGAAAACGAAUCAAAACUUAAAGGUGUCAAAGAUUUCGUCGCUUCUGGUGGUGUAGCUUCAAACGUCACUUUGAGAGUUUUGUUGGAUGAAGCUUUAAAAUCAACUAGUAUUGAAAGAACAAGUUAUCCUUCUCCAGCUUUAUGCACAGACAAUGCAGUUAUGAUUGGUUGGGCUGGAAUUGAACUUUACGAACAUGGUUUAACUACAGAGGAAUCAGUCUUACCAAUAAGUAAAUGGCCAUUAUCUGAUAUCAUGAAAGUUGAAGGUUGGAAACAGAAAAACAUAAAAUAG